UUCUCAUUAUCGUUUUGUACGACUGUUUCUAGAAUCAUGACAGAGACUGAGAUCGCCCCGGCCGCCUCUCCUCCAGCGGAGCCCGCCGCCAAGAAGAAGCCGACCAAGAAGGCGGCAGCAGCAGCCGGAGGAGCCAAGAAAGUCAGUAAGAAGCCGGCCGGUCCCAGCGUGUCCGAUCUCAUCCUAAAAGCCGUGGCCGCUUCCAAAGAGCGCAGCGGGGUCUCCCUGCCCGCCCUCAAGAAGGCUCUGGCCGCCGCAGGAUACGAUGUGGACAAGAACAACAGCCGACUGAAGAUCGCCCUCAAGGCUUUGGUCACUAAGGGGAGCUUACAGCAAGUCAAAGGCAGCGGAGCCUCCGGAUCCUUCAAGAUCAACAAGAAGCAGGAGAGCAAAGACAAGGCGGUGGCCAAAAAGGUGAAGAAGCCAGCAGCUGCCGCCAAACCCAGGAAACCAGCAGCCGCCAAGUCCCCCAAGAAGAAGCCGGCGGCCAAGAAAGCCCCGAGCAAAGCCAAGAGUCCCAAGAAGCCGGCGGCAAAGAAACCGGCUGCUGCCAAAAAGAGCCCAAAGAAGCCCAAAGCGGCAGCCAAGCCCAAAAAAGUAGCAAAGAGCCCGGCUAAGAAGGCGCCGAGGCCCAAGACAGCCAAGAGUCCGGCUAAGAAGGCAGCCAAGCCCAAGAGGGCUGCUCCCAAGAAGAGAUAA